AUGGCUAUAGAAGAACCGUAUCCGGCUCUGCCUCCCGCCUUAUCGGCCCUGGUUUUGUUUUCAUUGUUAGCGGGGCUAGCUUUUCUCUUUCGAUCCUUAUCAAAGCCGCUCUUCCGGGGUUAUAAGUCCCUGCGUAUAGCUAAGCCGACGGAAACCGAACUGGAUCUUGUUCCCGGUGGUAACGAAAACAUCGUCUGCAAGGAAUCGGAUUUUCCAGAAAACUGGUGGACUGGCUCAGAAGUCUUUGAACUCGAAAGACGGGCAAUAUUUAGUAAAAGAUGGCUCUACCUAGCCCACCGUAACCGGUUCACCAAACCCGGCGAGUACCAUUCCUUCGAAGUGGCCGGUAUCCCAAUUUUCCUGGUACUGGGGAAAGAUGGCGUCGUGCGAGCGUUCCAUAACGUCUGCCGUCAUAGAGCAUACACAGUCACGCGGAAGGAGUGUGGCUCGUCUACGAUCCUGGGUUGUCGAUAUCAUGGCUGGAGCUAUAACACCAAGGGACAGCUCAUCAAGGCACCUCACUUUGACAAUGUGCCCGGAUUUGACAAGGCUCAGAAUAGUUUAUUUUCGAUUCAGAUUAAAACCACACCUGCGGGCUUUAUAUUCGUGAAUUUGGAUGCAUCCCCGACGAUGACGCCAUUGCAGACAAGAUCUCUUGAUUCCUUUGCGGGCCGGCAUGGCAUCGGACGACAAUCUACGUGGCUGGGAGGGCAGACAGUGGAAGGGCGGUUUAAUUGGAAGAUUGCUUUGAGAUUACAGAGAAUCAUCGACCACACGGAACUGGAGACCGAGUUCUCACAGCCAAGGUAUAAGGCACUGUUAUUGAGCUUGUUCAAUUCCUCACGAAUGCGCUCGGAAGAUGUUCAAGUCUUCCCUUUUACUACGAUUCAUACCCUCUGCGGAGGGGUACUGUGGUACUCCCUGAGCUUCAUUCCUAUAUCUGAGAGUAUCACUUCAGUUCGGAUUGACUUAUACACUCACAAAGACAUGGGUAGUCCUGCGCCUGCACCACCAGCAGAAAAACUCUUCAGCGAAUUGUCGAACAGUAUCCGAGAAUUAGAAACUCAAUUCCAGUCACCUUCUGGAACACCAACUCUACCGACCUAUAUCACAUCAGCACCAGACCCAGCUGGCACAGACACACAACGCGAAAUCCUCGAGGCUAUCAAAUCCCACGCCAAAUUAGAAAAACAACUAGGAACCGAGAUCUUCCCGGCUACGAGGAGACCUAGAACCAACGCUCGAUUCGAGCAGGCUGAACAAAUCUGCAAAGACCUAGAUUGCCAAGACACGUGGAACAGCAAGAGUCUUGCCUGGUGA